UAAAACUAUUUGCUGCAUUGUGGGAACAUGGCGCCGCCCAGCAGCACGGUCGUAUCCAUCUGUCUCGUGCUGAAUAUUUGCUGUUCUAUAGUGAUCGUCUUGUUAAACAAAUGGAUCUACACUCAUUACGGAUUUCCGAACAUCACUUUGACAUGCAUUCACUUCAUCGUCACCACAUUUGGACUGUUUCUCUGCAAACUGGGUAAUCUAUUUAAACCCAAAAGUCUUCCGUUCCUGCAGAUGCUGCCCCUUGCGUUGUCAUUUUGUGGUUUUGUCGUUUUCACUAAUUUAUCUCUUGAAACGAACACUGUUGGAACGUAUCAGCUGAUCAAGACAAUGACAACACCAUGCAUCAUUGCCAUUCAAACGUAUGCUUAUUCACGAAGCUUUUCUUGGAAGGUGAAAUCUACCUUGAUUCCCAUCACAAUGGGUGUCUUCCUCAACUCUUUCUACGAUGUCAAGUUUAAUAUCGUUGGUAUUAGUUUUGCUUCAGCGGGAGUAUUGGUCACAUCUCUUUACCAAGUGUGGGUAGGUGAGAAACAGCAUGAAUUCCAAGUAAACUCCAUGCAGCUCCUCUACUACCAAGCUCCCCUCUCUGCAGUCCUCCUGAUGUUUGUCAUUCCGUUCUUUGAACCAGUCUUGCAGUUCCACGGGGUUCUCCACAACUGGCCCAUCGAGGCUCUUGUGAUGGUGUUCCUGUCUGGUGUGGUUGCCUUCUCAGUUAACCUUUCCAUCUUUUGGAUCAUCGGCAACACAUCACCUGUCACAUAUAACAUGGUGGGGCACCUCAAGUUUUGUCUCACUCUCCUGGGAGGCUACUUGCUGUUCGACGACCACCUACAGCUGUUGCAGGUCUUUGGCAUUCUCACCACCCUCGGAGGAGUGCUUGCCUACACACAUUUUAAACUGCAAGAGAUGAAGGCCAAGAGUCUGCCUGUAACAGAAAAGCAAUAGAAGUCAUCUGUGGGAAUAUGUGAGGAUGUUUCUUCACAAGAAUCAAUCUGUGUUGGAGUCUAAUCUGGGGUGAUGUGAUACAGGGUUGUCAUGACAACAUCAUCAUCAUGAAAGCGUGUAUCUGGCCAUUGGGGAAACUGAAUGUGUCAUGUUUAAACACUGUGUUGUUUGUUGUUGUUUUAGAGAUUAUAUUAUAUUUUUAUAUGUUGUUUGAGGACUCUGAACAUUCUUGAAGCAGUGUUCUUUCCAGUUAGUGAAAAACAGAAACCACAAGUGAUAAUAUGUGAUAUCAUUCUGAGAGAGGGCAUUCAGAAAGAAAUGUGUUUCAAUAGAACAAAUCAAAAUAGCUACCGGUAAUUAGACAUUUUUAGUUUUAGUCAAACUAUAAGACAGUGUAAGCUAGUCAAUGUUAAUAAUUGGAUCUAUCAAACUGCUUGUUUCAGUGUCAGGUUGUGUUGUCAGUUUCAAAGCAUUGCAAUGCUGACUCUCCAGCCAUACCUUGACUCCGCACUCUAUAUGUGGAGGGUUAAGAAUGCUAUUUGUAAUGAGCUUGUUCCUUGUGACAGGUCAUAUCAUUUAAAGCCAGGGAAGAAAUGCACUUUACACAUAUAAAUUGGGCAAAUGGUGGAAAAGUUGAAAUUGCGGACCCUGAAGGAACAUAUUUCUUUGAACCAUCCCUUUGUUUGGUAUUCUCAAAUUCCAAAAGGCACUCUAUUUGUCCACACUCAGUGGCACAUUUGAGAAAAACAAAGUACAUUUCUGUCCCAGUUUCCUGAGGAAGACAUUAAUUUCAUUUAAGUAUGAAACAUAAAGCUCAACUGGGCAUAAAUAUCUGGGUUAGAUUCUGUUGCAGUGGGAACCAGUGAUGGUUGUAGUAGGUCUUGUAUCAUGGGCUGACUAGCAAUACGGAUCACAGAGAUAAAACAUCAUUGACUGGAUCAUCAAUAAAUAUAGGAGAAGUAACGCUAAG